CUCAAGAAGCAUUCUCAGGUUAUUUUGAUGUUUUAAUUAAUUUUAUGGUUCCUUUCGUCAUUUUCGUAAUGGUAGAUUUCGAUUAUGAUAAAGAAGGUUCAAAAACAGUCGCUCAAUUAGUUAGGUCGCUCAUAUAUUUUCUUCUCGUCGGCAUGCAACAAGAAUUAGCUUUUACAUUUUCGUCAGUUAAAGUUUCUAACUUUAUCAAAGUUUUACAACAUAUUUUAGUUGCUUUAUUAUUGAUUGAAAUUAUUGGAGAAUUUACAUUAAGCAUUACAAAAGAAAAAAGCUCUAUCCGCAAUCCAUUAAAUAAUGAAAAAAGCUCUAGUAUCCAUGAACGAAAAGUAGAACCUUUAUUAAAAAAAUCAGAAACUAAGAUUUCAAUUUCAAGUUCAGCCGAUAGGGAUACAAAAACUACUAUUGAAAACAAUGUGCAAUCUGAAGAAAAAGAAAAUGAGUUAAAACCAGAACCUAAGAUUUUAAUUUCAAGUUCAGCCGAUAGGUAUAUGGAUGAAAUAUAUGAGCAACCUGAAGAAAAAGAAAAUGUGUUAAAACCAGAACCUAAGAUUUUAAUUUCAAGUUCAGUCAUUGACUGGAUUAUGGGAAACAAAAGUACUUUUAUUCGUACAUUAUUCUUAAUAGAUUAUACAUCUUUAAUCCUUUUUAUAAUUUUACUUGGUUUUUUGCUUAAUGAUUUAAAAGAAAUUAUUACGCGUAACUUCGUCAUAGCUUUAGCUAUUUCUUUUUCUCUUACAUUUAUUGUUCAAUCUACAAUAUUAAUCGUCGCAAAUCGUGGGAGCAAAUUCAAUAAUUAUAUUGUUCAUCAUCAUCAAGUUUAUUAUAAAAUAUUUCCUAAAUAUCAUGCUUAUAUCACCAUUGUUAUUGAUAUGACAAUCACUAAUGUGGUUUAUUUCCCAUCUUUAAUUAAUUAUUUUCUUUUGCAAACCCCAGAUAUUUUUAAUAAGAUAUUUCUAAACGUUAGUGCUUUAUUUGUUAGUUCUUUGGUUAUGCAUAUGUAUAAAAUAAUUUUAAAAAAUGAAGAAAUGGAAAAAAAAGGUGGAAAAGUGGAUGAAGGAAGAAAAGGGUCGGAGGAUUACGUAUAA